GAUUUUGACCACAGAUUAGAGAGUAUGUGAUUUUGACAAGCGGGUUACUUUUUUGUCAAACUGUCAUUUUCUGUGAAAUUGUGGGAAAGCUUUAGUUUUUUUAGCAAUUUACACACUAAAUUCUAGAGGAAUGACUAGUUCCUUUUCAGUGGAUAUUGUAUUUCUUGGGUUACAAUAGGAAAAUUGUUUUUUUCUGGUUCUAAGAUUGUUGACCUUUACGAAAAUGUCGUUGUUUCGUAAGCCAAAAAAGAUUCAACGGCGCAUGUUUUGCGCUGACGACGACGAGGAUGGUGAACCGGAGCCGCCUCCGCCGCCGGUCAUCAGCCGCGAGAGAGAGAGGAAGGAAAACAAACCGGUUAAAACCAAGUCCCUUUUGAGUUUUGCUGAUGAAGAGGAAGAAGAUGCGGAAGUAUUCAAAGUGAAAAAGUCGUCUCAGAGCAAGCGUCUCGCUAAACGCAGGGAAAAGGAGAGACGCAAGCCUCCCGAUGGUGAUAAUAAUAAAUAUGACAAUAAUGUUAAUGAGGACGAAGCGGCGAACAACUCAAACAGCCAGCCGCAGCCGAAAUCGAAAAAGAAAGUUACGUUAGAAGGUCUGAUUCUGUCCGGACGGGAGGCGUUAGCGGCGGACGGCGCCGGCGACGUGUCGGACAGCCCGGACGAAGAGGAGGAGGACUCGCGGGGCUUCCACAAGUACCGCGCGGAAACCGUCCGGGCGGCGCUGGCGGUCGCGCCCGGACACAUUCCGGACGCCGCGCUCAUCCACGCGGCGCGGAAGACCCGACAGCAGGCGCGGGAACUUGGUGACUUCGUGCCGAUUCCGUCGGAGGCGCCGCCCGGAUCGCGGCUCGUGCGCGACGACGGCUCGGGAGACGACGACGAAGAUGGACGCAUUCAAGUCCGGGGGCUGGACUUGCCUAGUGACAAGCCUAAACGUGGUACAGCGGCCGCUCCAACCAACGAGGAGCUGGACAGCGAGGGCGAGGAGUGGGAGGAGCAGCAGAUGCAGAAGGCCAUGCCGGCUAUCUCGGAUAUCGCAGGUUCGAUGCUCCACCAUGGCCAUUUCAGUUGGUGUUAUAAUUCAACUUUUGAUGUUUGUCAAGUACACAAGCUACACAAAAUCUUUUUGAAAUUAAUUUUGAAAAUUAUAACUUGAAAAAAUCAAACUGCCUAAGGCGGGAAAUUGAAAAGUAA